UUUUAAUCUUCUCUAUUUUAAAAAUAUUACUUGAUAUUAUAGUUCUAUAUUAAUUUGUAUUCUAAUGCUAUAAAAUUCGUGACAUAUGAAUUACAGAUAGAAGAAGUAUCGAUUGUUUCCCGGUUUUUAAUUAUUAAUUUAAUUUACAUGUUUCAUAUUCCCAAAAUUACAUGUUCUUACUUUAUAUUUUGCUGAUUUUACAUCUCUUCACACUAAAAGUGAAUUUACUGUAGUGUACACUUUAUUUUCGUCUCACAAUAGUAAUACGAAUAAUACCUCAAAAUUGUUGAUAUGAGUAUUUUGCACAAGAAAAACAAUUGUAGUUUUCUAGAUCAUUAUGGAUUUAUUUCUAAUAUAUAUAAAAAUAUUAAUACAAAUGGCCAAAUACUUUCAUAUGUGUUGUCAGCAAAAUUGUUUCAUAUCUUGAGUAAUGGACAUACACUUAAUAGAAAAAGGUUGAAAGGGAAGAGUUCUGAUGACCCUCAUGAAGAGGCCACAAAGGUAAGGUUAAAGUAUGAAGCUGUUUUGUUGGAAAUAGAGUCUAACUUAAAGGAGAAAAUACAUCACAAAAAUAAUGUUUCAAAUGUUGACAAUAUCCGAGAUUUUUCAAAAGAAUUAUUGGAACGAACCAUAUUCGACCAUGUAGGAACUAAUGGUGGUAACAACUCAAAUACAUCUGUUAAACACAAAAUUGGUAAUGAUGAUUUUUUAAUUCCAUAUAACUGUAGAUUCUAUUGUGGAUGUGUCUUGGAACAGUGUCUUAAAUUAGAGGGCAAUAAGUAUAAUAUAGUUAUAGCAGAUCCGCCAUGGUGGAACAAGUACAUAAGGAGAUUAAAAGGGUCUAAUAAUAAGUUAAGCUAUUCUAUGAUGUACAAUGAAGAUAUAGCGUCAAUACCUUUAAAGACCUUACUAGCAACAAACUGUUUAGUUGCAGUUUGGUGUACAAAUUCACCAUCUAAUAUUGCAGCAGUAAAAAAUAUGAUAUUUCCCAACUGGGGUGUAGAGUAUGUGGCAACAUGGUAUUGGUUAAAAGUGGACAUUCAGUUGAAACCUGUAUGUCCCUUCAGCACGGGAUCUAAGAAACAGCCAUAUGAAAGGCUGAUUAUUGGAAAAGUUGGUGAUGUGACUCAUGUACCUGAUGAACAUUUAUUUUUAAGUGUGCCAAGUGCCUUACAUUCGCAUAAACCUCCAUUAGUAGAAUUACUGAAAGAGUAUAUUAAUGAGAAAAAUCCUGAAAUACUGGAAUUAUUUGCCAGAUAUCUUCUGCCAAACACAUGCAGUGUAGGCUAUGAGCCUUUAAAAUUACAACACACAUCUUUGUAUGAAGUGGUUAGUUGACAAUAAAUAUUUAAUUAUGUUACAUGAUUUAAUAUUUUAUUACCUUCUUUUUUUAUUUAAUCUGUAUUUUUAU